AUGGUUGAAGCCAAUACCGAGGAGAUGCCCUCCUCAAAUGGCCUCGAUUGGGAUAAGUUGUUUAAAAUGGCUGAAGAUUUGGAUCUAGAUGAAGUUACUCGUGGUCCCAUAGAGAAUGCCUUAGUGCACUUGGCUAAAAGCCCAGAAAAUAUCCCAAAAAUUGCGAAAAUGCAUGAAAAAAACUUCCACAAAACAAUCGAAAACAAGGGUGGCCUGGCUCCGCUCACGCCAUCCUCCUUUUAA